ACACACACUCUCUCUCUGUCUCUCACACACCCCACUUCACCCCACACCCACCCCACACCUCCCUCACUUACCCACACACACAAACACCCACACCACAUCCGCCCAAGCUGCCUACCAUCCGCGAACGGAACCGGCGGCGGACAGCACGGUUGUGCUCGCUCCCUCCGUCGCCUCCGCCGACUCCGCCCAAGACACCACAGACGCAUCCGCGGCGUAACAUGUCAGCCAUGGACGAACCUCGCCAGGCUACCGACGACGCCUCGGAGGCCGACCGCAUCCUCGCCCAGGCCAUGCUGAGCUUUGAAGCGCUGCUGCGGGCCAAGAGCGAGUCGCCGCCGCGGUCGCCGCGGACUCCGCCACCCGCCAAGUCGGCCCUCGCCCGCGCGCUAGAAGCGGCCGACGCCAGCGGCAGUAGACAGAAAGAUUCCGACUCGGCGGCAGACAGGCCUCCCGACCCAGUUGACAUGGAGGCGUAUACAGCGAGCAUGCCGGUUCGCCCGGCGGCAGCGCGCAAGCCGCCGGCGUUGGCGUCGCCGCAUCGCGGGCCGGUCGCGUCGUCCGCGGCUGACGCGCAUCGUGACUCUGGCUCCGCCUCACCCUACCUCUUGCUCCACGCGUCGAGCAAGGCUGCUCUUGCUCGCGCUUUGCCUCGCGACCCACUCUCGCCGCCUGCUCCGGCAAGUAGCAAGCGCGCGGUCUCGUUUGCCGGCGCCGAUGACCGCGACCACUCACGGCCGCCGCUCUCGCGUGGCUCCCAGCUCCACACCCACUCGCAGCGGUCGUCGCGUCCCGGCUCGCGCCCUGGCUCACGCCCUGGCUCACGCCCUGGCUCGCGGGCUGGCUCGCCGCCGGGUAAUGCCAUGGCGGUCGUUCCGUGGUCACCAGCUGCACGGAGCCAGCAGCCUGUGGCCUCACCGCCCGUCACGGGCUCGUUGCCGCAGCGGCCGUCGUUCCUAGCCUACCCGCUCGACUCGGGCGGCGAAGUUGGUCUCCGCAAUCUCGGCAACACCUGCUUCAUGAAUGCCUCGCUCCAGUGCCUGGUCCAUCUCCGCUGGCUCUCCACCUACUUUCUCUCGGACGAGUUUAGAGCCGACCUCCCGCCGCCGCCGCCCGACGCUCCUCGCCCGCUGUUUGCAGAACUACCGCUUGGCCAAAACUCGGCCGGCACAACCGACGACGACGACGACGACGAGAAUGAGCCCUUGCGGUCUUCAACUGAGCCGACCGAUGAGGAUGUGCCCGCUGCCUUGUCAGCUGACACCGACAGCACCGACGCGGUCCCGCCGGGAGCACUUGCUCUCUCAUUUGCCGAAGUCACCCGCGCGCUCUGGUCUCAUGCGCCGAUGUUUGCGCCUGUCGAUUUCAAGCACCAGAUCUCGCGCAUUGCUCCGCAGUUUGUGGGCUACGCCCAGCAGGACGCGCAAGAGCUCCUCCGCUUUGUCCUUGACGGCCUGCACUCGGACCUCAAUCGAGUCCGCACGGUUUCGGCCCAUCCUGCGCCGCACUCGUCGCUCCCGGGCGCGACGCCUUCGGAGCAAGCUGCCGACGCCUGGCGACGCCACGUCGCGCGCGACAACUCGAUCAUCACCGACGUGUUUGGCGGCAUGCUCCGGUCGUCGCUGACCUGCUCUGAGUGCGGCCACGUCUCCAACUCGUACGAUCCGUUCAUGGACCUUUCGCUGCGAGUGCCCGGUCCGCCGCAGGCGACGGCGUCAGCACACGAUCCGGACCACAGCUACGUGCCGCCGGCGCGCACGCUCUACCUCGCCUACACCGACAUGUACGGCAACCCGGUAUAUGCCCAGACCGACAGCGCCCGGUUCGGCUCGCCGCCGUCUCGCCCGCGCCACCUCUCGCAGCCGCGCCCGCCGGUCCGCCCGCCGGUCUCGGCGCGCGCCAUGAGCGGCAGCCUCCAGGCCUCGCUUAAGGCCUUUACCGAGCCCGAGGAGCUCGGCGACGACUCGCUUGUCACCUGCUCCGCCUGCCGGGCCCGGACUCGCGCCACCAAGCAGAUGGUCGUAUGCAAGCUCCCGCGCAUCCUUGUCCUUCACCUCAAGCGGUUCUCACUCUCCCGAACCGAACACACCUGGGCCAAGGUCUCUACCCCAGUCGACUUUCCGCUCGAGGGUCUCGACAUGGGCCCGUACACCGCCGAUCACGACCGCGCCCUCUACGACCUCCUGGCGGUUGUCUGUCACGCUGGCGACCUUACCUGCGGCCACUACACCUCGUACGUCCGCCAUCCAGGCACCCUCGACUGGCUCCUCUUUGACGACUCGCGCGUCCACACCGUCGACCCUGCGUCGAUCUCGUCAUCCAAGGCCUACGUCCUCUUCUACGCCCGCCGCUCGGCCUCAUGACCCCACGCAGCGCUAACUGUAAAUUGCUG